CCACGUGCCACGCGGCCGAGUUGCACGUGCGUCCGCGGAGCUACCGAGGUUUUGCGCGUCGCGGCCACGAGCGGAAGCUUCCGCUUUUGAGUAACGAGCGUCGUGACCGAACAUUUGCUUUGUAUCUUUUCGAUUGUUCCUUCUGAUCGCAAGAUAUCGACCUUCGCUACCACUCUGCUACCCCUGCGUUUGUCGCUCCGUUGUUCUGUAUGCCGAUGCGUCUGGAAAACGAACCUGGUGCCCCGUGACUUUGAGAACAAAACAGCCUGGAGAUUUCGAGAGAAUCGAGAAAACGAAAUAUAACAGCGACAUCCAAAGGGUGGUGAAAAAUGACGAUGGAUGUGAGUAAAAGCGAACCGAGCAAGAACGGCACUGUUCAACAGGAGUGUGCUGGCUGUGGAAAAGUUAUCACGGAAAGGUACCUUCUAAAGGCCCUGGACAUGCUCUGGCACGAGGAUUGUCUGAAGUGCAGCUGCUGCGACUGCAAACUAGUGGAUGUUGGCUCGACCCUGUACACAAAGUCCAACUUUAUACUGUGCAAGAAGGAUUAUCUAAGAAUGUUUGGGAGCAGUGGACACUGUGCUGUGUGCAAUAAGAGCAUACCGGCAUUCGAGAUGGUGAUGAGGGCUAGGACCAAUGUCUAUCAUUUGGAAUGCUUCGCCUGUCAACAGUGUAAUCACAGAUUCUGUAUAGGCGACAAGUUUUAUCUGUGCGAGAACAAAAUUCUGUGCGAGUACGACUACGAGGAGAGACUGGUCUUCGCGAACAUGGCGCUGCAUCCACCACACACCGCUACGUUGGCGCACAUCAAGAGACAUUUGACCCAUCUCCAGCCACAGACAAUAUCACCAGGAGCCCCGCAGAGACAAGCAAACGGAGAAACAACCCAUAACCACAAUGGGUAUCCUGCGCUACCGAGCUUGAGCAACAAUAACAUUCUGAACCCCAUGAAUAAUUUAAACGGUAUCAAUACACAAACACCUUACGAUACCAAAUGACAAACGAAGUAAACGCCUAUUGUAUCCAUCGAAUCGCGAAUCGCGUUGCCAAAUUUCUUUAACACUUCUGUUAACACUAUCGUAGAUCCUCGAAGCUGUUAAAAAUUUACGUUCGCGUCUUGAGGGUUGAAAGACGUUGACAAGGCGCGUAAAAUUAUAUUUGUUCAAAAUAGCAGCGUUUUAUUUUACAAUGUAAUUGUACUUUUGUUGUCACUUUUUUACUUGAAAUUUUUUUGGUUUGUGGUCACUAUAGUCAACGUGUUAAGGAACCACGCAUAGAUGCACGUUUACAAUUAUCGAGACUCCUAUUCCUUCGGAAUCUUAGACAUUAAGAUACUUAUCGCGUGAUAAUUUUAACACCGGUGAAUUAUUGAAUUCACCAGACUGUACUGAAUAAUUUACUCGCGCGACUUUAUCGUGGAUACUGUCCAUAAGUAUUUAAUGCACAUGACCCACAACUUCCACUCAUUUAGUUAUACAAAAAUACUUCUCGCAAGAAAAUUGUUACCAGCGCAAUCCCAUAUUAAAAAAAUGGCUCCAAUAAAAAAUGAGCAACGAAACAAUAAAUAAUGAAAGACAAUUUUUAGUUCAAG